CACACACACCCCCGGAGACAGUCACACACCCACAGCGCAGCUCUGGAUUUCCAGCUAGUAAAGCAGCUCGAGGAGCUAGCAAAGAUACGUUAGGCGCCUGUUGCAGUACACUGGAAAUGGAUUUUGAAAGUUUUCCCUUGAACAUUUUCGUUUGAUGAUCUGAAUGAGGAUCUCUGGCAUGGCUACCUUUAAGCAACAGAAAGUGGAGGAUUUUUAUGAAAUUGGAGAAGAACUGGGAAGUGGCCAGUUUGCUAUCGUGAAGAAAUGUUGUGAGAAAAGCUCUGUGACCGAGUAUGCAGGAAAGUUUAUUAAGAAAAGACAACUUCGUGCCAGUCGAAGGGGAGUGAGACGAGAGGAAAUUGAACGGGAGGUGAAUAUCCUACAGCAGAUCCAACACCCGAAUAUUAUCACCUUACAUGAUGUCUAUGAAAACAGAACAGAUGUUGUACUCAUUCUAGAACUUGUGACCGGAGGAGAACUCUUUGACUUUCUGGCACAGAAAGAAUCUUUGAGUGAGGAAGAGGCAACGGCAUUUAUUAAGCAAAUCCUAGAUGGUGUGAACUACCUCCAUUCGAAGAACAUUGCACAUUUUGAUCUCAAGCCAGAAAACAUUAUGCUUCUAGACAAGGUACCUGUGCCACACAUCAAGCUGAUCGACUUUGGUCUCGCUCACAGAAUUGAAGAUGGAGUAGAAUUUAAAAAUAUAUUUGGAACACCUGAAUUUGUUGCUCCAGAAAUCGUGAAUUAUGAACCUCUUGGUCUACCAGCAGAUAUGUGGAGCAUAGGUGUUAUUACCUACAUAUUGUUAAGUGGGGCUUCCCCUUUCCUGGGAGAAUCCAAACAGGAAACCCUCACAAACAUCACUGCAAUGAAUUAUGACCUUGAUGAAGAAUUCUUCAGCCACACCAGUGAACUGGCAAAGGACUUCAUUAAAAAAUUGUUGGUGAAAGAUACUAGGAAAAGAUUAAACAUUAAACAAGCUCUUUCCCACCCAUGGAUAACGCCAUUUAACAAAUGCCAGGCCCUUGUCAGAAGAGAAUCUGUUGUGAAUUUGGAAAAUUUCAGAAAGCUGUAUGCACGAAGGAGAUGGAGACUAACGUAUCGGAUUGUGUCACUGUGCAAUCAUUUGACUCGUUCGUUCCUCAAGAAAGAUUGUCUGAAGAAAGAAGAUGCUUCAAGAGCGUAUGGAAGUGAUAACGAAGAAGAGAGCGUUGGAAGGAGAGUGCUAAGACCCAGGAGACGGAGUAGCACAUCAUAAGGAAACAUUGUGACUGUUGCACUGAACUAAGGCAAAUGUUUUAUGUCUCUUAGAAUCAGCAAAAGUCAUAAUAACAGCAGAAGUGUUUUCCAAUGUGUGUGUGUGUAUAUAUGGCCUAUCACACAAAUUGAGUGUUAUUGUUAAAAUAUGUAGGUAUUUAAGAUCAAUUCUCAAUUCUGUUGGCCGAUUGUCAACAAGAGUCACUUUUUCCACUGAUAUCAUUCCUGAAGAAAAAGUGUGCAAUAUGUUUUUAGGAACUAUGUAUAUUCUAGCAGUGUUACUCACUGCCUUUUGUCAGGUCACAUGAAAUAUUCAAUCUCAAGGAUUAUUCUCAUGACAACUCCCAACAAUGCAUCACUAAGUGUUGGAACAUUGUUCUGUUUCCGCUUCAGAUAUAAUGUGUUGAUAUCAGUUGACCUGAGCCAGUUUUGACUAAUGACUGGAUUUUGCAUCCCUGAAUUAGUGAGCCAAGGUGCCUAUGGCUAUCCAGUGACCCUUGCAACAUGUUUGUGUGGCCAUCAAUGAAGGCAGGAUAGAGAUCUGCUGUGAAGCCCUCACAGACACUCACUGCCUAGACUCGCAGCUGGAAAAUGACCAUUUGGGUAAGGGAUGUUUCCAAGACAAAUCUGUGCCUUGUAAAGGGGUAAAACUAAGUUUAAUAGCCUUAAUGAAGCCAUUUUGCUUCUCAGUGAUUGCUGCAAUAGCCCUGCCUUGUGGAAUUCCUUGGCUGAGGAACAAUAGAUACACAAAGAAGUCACCAAUGAACCUUGGCUGUGUCAACAUUUCACAGCUGGGCAAGCUGCGAAUGGAGGCCAGAGACAUAGAGCAGAAAUAUGCGAAGGUGCAGCAGAUGACAUCCCACGUUAGAUGAUCAUUCUCUGAGGCCCCCCACCCACCUCUCCACCACCACCUACAUUUAAUUUGCUCAGGUUCUUAGCAGCCUCCAGGAGUUGACCAUAACAAUGCAAGUUGUACUAAGCAUUGAGUGUGUAGGCGUUAAUGAAUGGGAAACAGUUACUUGUACUGUAAGUGUUUUUUAUAAUGAGUGCCAAGCUAAGAUGGUAAAGUGCAGGUUAUAAACUCAAGCAUGUAUGUAAAUUGUUGUAAAUCAAUGACAUCAUUUCAUUUUUAAAGAAAAAAAAUCUUUCAAAUGCUAAAGAACAUUUGAAAGAUUAACUUUUAAUGAUGAAGAUGCAUUAAUAAGCAUCCUUUAGUAAGCAUAGUCUGAUUUACAGUCACUGGAGUGUCAUUAAAAUAUUUUAAUGCCUGGAGAAAUAGUUUUACAUGGUUGGAACUGUUAAUUAUUUGGGAGUUUUCUUCACUAGAUGUAAAAGAAACCCUUCUGUUGCCACACACAGAUUUUCUGGUGACUUACUUUUGGAAAAUGUGGAAAAUAUUAACUUUAGACAGACCAGGCAGUGUUUUAUUAUAGAGAGUUGGUAUGAUCUAAAUUUAAUGUUCAGCACAGAUUUGGAAUAUAUAAACCCAGUAUGCAAGUACAUGUAUUUUGUUCUUCGGGAUUAUUUAGGACUUGUACUGCCGAAAACAAAUGCAGAAAAUCUUUAAGAUUUUUUAAAUCAAAGUGAUUAGAAUCUUGACUCUAUAAUUUUUUGUUACUUUGUACUGUAUAUUAAAGUAUUACAUUUGUGUUUUUAUACAUUCCAAAACCUGAGUUGGUGGGGUUCAUUAUCUGAGUUGUGUAAGUCGUGUGUAUAACCAAUUUAAUAUGUGAGUUGUGCAAGCCACAUGUAAUAAUAAUAAUAACAUGUAUACAGGACAACUUACAAACAGUUGCUGCAUAUUAUAGAAAAUCUUGUGAAGCGCUUUGACAUAUUCUUCCAACACUAUAUCAAAUGUAGGGAAUAUUAUUUAUUAUUAUUUAACCUUAUUAUAACAUGAUUGUGUGGGUCCAAUCUCUCUGAAGCCUAGUCAAGCAAUGCAUGAAACAUUGGCUGACUUCCAGAUCUUCAAGUCGCCUCUAACGUCACUUCUAACCCCAAAGUUGUGUCACUGGCACUUGUCAACAAUAUUUGGCAGCUGCUUUCAAAAUGACAACAUUCGUUGAAAUAAAUUGGUGGUAGACAAAAAAAAAGAAUCCUACUGUUUGAUUAGAGAAUUUAAAUAUUGCAAUCUCAAUCUUUAUAUUUUAUAUACUAGAUAAUUAUUUGGGGAGUAAAAGUUUGCAGGGCUAUAGGAAGAGAGCGGGGGAGUGGGAUUCAAUUGGAUAGCUCUUUUUAAAGAAGCAGCGCAGAUACGAUGGGCAGAAUGGCCUCCUUCUGCGCUAUAUAAUUCUAUGAUUCUAUGAUGAUACAGCGCCUUUCACGUCGGGAGGACGUCUCUUAAGAGCUUCACAAGAUAUACUGUAAAGUGACUCUAUUCUUUGGGGGCGAAUCUGCAGUGAUAAUAACAGACACUCAAUGUGAUGCAAUAUAUUGGAGCACCAAUGAAUUGUGCCCACUCACAAGAAAAGUCAUUUUCCGAAAUCAAUAGAAAAACAACCCGACUGUAACAUUUUUUGUCAGUAUAAGUCUCAAAAUAUGGGAACACCAUACAACAUAGUCAGCUGUAAGGUUGAAUGGUUAUUUACUUCAUUGAAGGUUUAUCUUGAACAUAUAACCUUUUAUUAUAUUUAUAUAAGCCCUGGUCAGCUGCAACUGGCAAAUAAUUUUGCUACUGCCUAAUGUUAACAUAUGUAGAAUUGUUGUACAGCCUCAAUUAAUUGAACGUGUAUUUUUUAAAAACUGUUGGUAAUUCAGGGCAAAGCUGUUCAUUCUAAAAAUAUUUUAACUGAUUUCUGUUGUUAACUGAUGUAUACUUGUAACAGUAUUUGCUUCCAGAUUCAAAAACCAUAAGCAAAGCGAAUUUUAGAAACAGAAAUGUAUCUUUUUAGACCAGCUGUGCAUGUAUAGGGAUUUGCCAAUAGAAAAGUUGGGCCAAUGUUUUGCCAAUACCUCAGGGACCCAACUAAUAAAUGCCAUGGGUUUCUUCUUUGCUACGUAUUCCAUUUUGUUUUGGUAUUCAUUAAAAUUGUAUUUUAUCAAUGUACUAAACUGUACACAUCUGAACACUGUGACUAUAAUUUGUAGAGUAUUUUUCUGUAAAUAAAAAGAUUAAUGAAGUUA